GGAACAAAGCCGUAGUGCUUAGUCAUCACUACUACCUUCUUCCAUGUCUACCCAGGAGGAACAGCUGAUCGAGCUCAUGCUCACUCUCAAGAACACGACGCCGGACCAGGCUCGUAGCAUUCUCGCAUCUACACCCCAGAUUGCGUAUGCACUGAUCACUCUCAUGGUCAAGAUGAAUGCAGUCGACGUACAAGUACUCCAAAAAACGGUCACCGCCUAUUCCACGAACGUCUCCCCUCCACAACCUGCCAUUCAACCAGUCUCCGCCGUGCCCCCUCACCUCUCCCAACAUUACAAUCGUACACCAACUCCACAAACACAUACUUCAACCCACUACAACGGGCACGGACAUCCGCCUCAACUACAGCCCCAACCUCAGCCUAUCGCGUUCACAGGUCAGGCCGUGUACGGCGGUGGCCCCGAGCCCGCAACAGGGUAUGGCGUGCCGCCACCGCAACAGCCCUCGAUUUUACCGGAUGCACUUGCGUCUCUGCCAGAGGAGCAAAAGGUCAUGAUCAUGCGCGUCGUAUCCAUGACACCCGAACAAAUACGCAUGUUACCCCCCUCGGAACGAGCAGGCGUCAUCCAAUUAGUGAGUCCCCCCCCUGCUUGUCGUGGUUUCGUUUCUGUGACCUUAUUCCACUAGCGAACAACACUCGGGCUGCCUGCAUAGUCGAACGAAAGGGUUCAGAUGAGAUGUAGAUGCACGAGUUGACCGUUCAUGUAUAGAUUGUAUGUUAGGCAUAGCUGGAUAGUCAUCUGCUACAUAAUCAUUAGUGUGAUUUCAUCACUAGCGUGUGGGGGUGGGCACCGGGCUUCUGAGUGAAAGUGAUAUCCAGGGCUCUUGAGUAUCGCUUUCAUUCGGAUGGAAGAUGCUAGUGGGCCUCGGGUUUUGAACGUGGCAAGGAUGGUUGGAGGAUGC